CCUGUCCCUGAGGGACAGCCGGCCCUCUGUGGGACUUACAAUGAAACGGCCACACACGGUCCAGACCGACCUGCAGUUCCACCUCGCCUCGCGCAGUCCUCCCUCCCCCGCCCCGCGCCGGUGUGUGACGCCUCGCCCCGCCAGACGAGACCGCCGCCUCCUCCAUUCAACCCUCCUCCGCCACCGCCAUCAACGGGGACGCCGUCAGACUCGGUGUACUGUGAGAUAGAGCAUCGCCCCUACCUGGAUAUUCUGUCAGAGGAUGAAGAUAAGAUGACACAAGGGAAGACGAUGCCUCGCUCCGGACUGCGCUUCCAGAGCAACUGCUUCUCUUCAUGCCAACAGAGCAGAGAGGACACAGACGACCACUAUGGGAUGUUGAGGUGGUUGACAAGAGUGUCAAGACCUGAUUACAUGACUCCGUCACUGUAUGGCCUCAGUAUAGAAGAAGAAACCAGAUUAUUUAAUCAGAGAGCCAUGGAUGUGAGCAAGGCCCUGCGCCUCUUCAACGUCCUCAUGAUGAAGCGCAACGAAAGCCUGCGGAACGUCAUCACAGAGUUCAGCUCCAUCUCCAGCAGCCUGGACAAGCUGCAGAAGAAGACCAAAACCAUGGGCAUUGCUGGGGGCACCACAGGCGCCGUGGGAGGGGUGACGGCAGUGAUGGGCGUUGCCUUUGCUCCUAUGACCAUGGGUGCCUCGCUGAUCGCUACGGUUGUCGGCGCUGGCAUGGUGGCAUCCGCCGGAGGUAUGGGCGCCCACACUGCUAAGGCCAACAAGAAGAUUGUGAAUAGGAUGGGAGUCGAGAAACUAGUAUACGAAUAUAAGACAAAUGUCGCCGACCUGGAACACUGUCUGGAUUUUAUCCUCUCUGGGAUGAAUGAGCUGCGAAGGCACGACAUCGCCAGGUUACAGAGGGCAGGAGCCCAGCCCCACGCACUGAAGAUGGCACAUCUGUCACAGUCCGUGUUUAGGGAUAACACAGACAAAGGGAAAAGGAGGUCGUCUGCUCCACACACAGGUGGGUUGUCAUCUGAGAGACUGCUGCUGGCUUUUGUCAAGGAACUGGACCAGUAUUUUACAGAGAAGGAAGGUCAGAAGCUGAAGAAAGCCAACAAGAGCAGGUUUUCAGGUCGGGUUCGCCUGCUGGCUGAAAACCUGCAGGAGGAACUACAACACCUGAAUCACAUGUGGGAGAUAUUCAGUUGAACCAGAGAACUCUUAAUGUGUGUGUGUGUGUGUGUGUGUGUGUGUGUGUGUGUGUG